UAUUUUUGUGAUGACUACAACAACUAUAAUAGCUGUAUACAAACAUUCAAAGUUGAUUCAAAGAGUAAAAUAACUUGCCUAUCAAACAUUGCUAAAAUUGUAUCAUUGAUUGAUGAACUUGAAAUUUUGAGUUGAUGAUUUUAAAAAUGACUGAUGAAUAAAUACCGAAGAGGUACCCGUGUAAUAUAAUAAUUAACAUUUAUUAUAAUCACCGGAAGCAUUUCUUUAGUAGCCUCUUUGAUCUAAUUUUCCCGUUGUCGAAUUUUUAUCACUAGUACUUUUAGUCACAAGUAUCACUUUAGUUAGAAAUCAAAAAAUUAAAGAGUAAAAUAUCUUGCCUACAAAAAAUGGAGAAUAGAGAUAAAAAUGAGGAAUUACAAAAUGAGAUUGAAACUAUGUUCCCAUUACUUCCUUAUGAAAAACAAAUUUUUAUGGAGACGAUGGAAAAGGAUGCACUAUUAAUAAUUGCUAAGGGCUUAAAUUACAAUGAUGUUGUUGCGAACGUAUUAUGGGUCCAUAAAGACCCUGCAAAUUUAGUUUUAGUAAUCAACAGUAAUGAAUUUGAAGAAGCAUACUUUAACAAAAUAUUAAAUUUGACAGUUCUACCUAUAGCCGGAAAUGAGAGAGAAAAAGCAUAUUUAGAAGGUGGAGUAUAUUUUGUAUCAACAAGAGUUCUAGUUGUUGACUUAUUAAAGAACCGGCUUCCUGUGUCACAUAUCACUGGAAUUGUUGUCUUAAGAGCUCACACUGUUCUUGAAUCAUGUCAGGAAGCAUUUGUUUUAAGGCUCUUUAGACAAAAAAAUAAGACUGGUUUCAUAAAAGCUUUUUCAAACUCACCCGUGUCUUUUACUUUUGGAUAUCAUCAAGUGGAGAAAGUUAUGAGAUCACUUUUUGUGACUGAACUGUAUUUGUGGCCAAGAUUCCAUGGUGCUAUAAUUAAGAGCCUUAAAAGCAGGCAAGCAGAAGUUAUAGAGAUACACGUUCCUCUGACCUCAAAUAUGGGUCUAGUACAUACUUGCUUACUCGAUAUUAUGAACUAUACAGUAAAACAGUUGAAAAGCAUUAAUCGCACAUUAGAUAUGCAGGAAAUCACAAGUGAAAAUUGUAUCUCAAAAAAAUUUCACAAAAUUUUGCAAUCUCAGUUAGAUUGUGUCUGGCAUCAGCUUAGCACAAGAACAAAGGAGUACAUACAAGAUUUAAAAGUGUUAAGAACAAUGAUUAUUAAUUUAAUACAUGAUGAUGCAGUUUCAUUUUAUGCCUUAGUGAGUAAAUAUAGGACGCCUGAAUAUGCUAAAAUCAACUCAGGAUGGAUACUCCUUGAUUCAGCAGAGCAGUUGUUCCGAUUAGCUAAAGCAAGAGUUUUUAAUAAUAAAAAUGAGUUUAAUCCAGAAUCAUCGCCCAAAUGGAAAUGUCUUAGUGAACUCUUAAUAGAGGAGAUACCACAAGAAGUUAAAAAGAGUCAAAAAGAAACUUUGCAUAGCACAAAAAUUCUUAUACUCUGUCAAGACAACAAGACUUGUUGCCAACUAAAUCAUUUUCUUACAAUGGGCGAAAAUAAGUAUCAUCUUUACACCGCCCUUCGAAAUGAUUUAACGAUAACAUCGAUGCCUGCAAAGUACAACAAAAUAAUUGAUCAAAUUCCACUAAAACGCGAAAAUCAACAAAGCACAGAAAGUGGUACGGAAACUAAAUAUGACUUAAAUGAAGAGGAUAUGAAUGAAUUGGAUAAGUGUAACUAUCUUUUGACUCUUACUCCAGCAGUAGCAGAAAAGAGCCACAAUUCAAAAACAAAAAAUGACAGUAUGUUUGAGCCACUUACACAGGUAUGACUAUUAGAUUUAACCCAAAUAGAAAACGGCACCCCAAUUAUUCUAAUUCAAACAUUUAAGCAAAAUGGUAAUCACUUUUCACUAGGCCAAACACUAGAAACCUUCCGACCUCACUACAUUAUACUGUAUCACAGUGAUGUGGCAGCGGUGCGGCAGAUCGAACUGUUCGAAUGUAAGAAACAGCCCGACGAGCCCAAAGUUAAAGUGUACUUCCUCAUACACGACAAGACCGUUGAGGAACAAGCAUACCUCACAUCUUUACGCAGAGAGAAACAGGCGUUCGAACUGCUUAUACAGACCAAAAGUGUAAUGGUUAUACCGUCAUAUCAAGAUGGAAAAACUGAUGAAUAUUUUAAUCUGAAUGUCGAAGAUGAACAAAAUCCGACUGAUACUAGGAAAGCAGGGGGACAAACUCCAGCUACCAAACAAAAGCCGGUCGUUAUUGUUGAUAUGAGAGAAUUCCGUUCCGAUCUACCCGCGUUACUACAUAAAAGAGGAAUCAACAUAGAACCAGUCACUAUUACUGUGGGCGACUACAUCCUCAGUCCGGACAUCUGCGUGGAGCGCAAGUCGCUGUCAGACCUCAUCGGCUCGCUAAACUCGGGCCGGCUGUUCGCGCAGUGCACGCACAUGUGCCGUGCCUACAGUCGGCCGCUGCUGCUCAUCGAGUUCGACCAGAACAAGCCCUUCCACUUGCAGGGCAAUUACUUCGUUUCGACUGAUAUGUCUGGUGCUGAUAUUCAGCAGAAAUUGCAGCUAUUAACAAUACACUUUCCGAGAUUAAAACUGGUUUGGUCACCCAGUCCAUAUGCUACAGCGGAACUGUUUUAUGAACUCAAACAAGGUCGAAAAAAUCCAAACAUUGAAGAAGCAUUAGCUUUGAGUGGAGAAACUACAACAGAAGAUAUAAAUUAUGAGAGAUAUAAUACAUUAGUACAUGACUUUGUUCAGAAAUUGCCAGGCAUCACAUCAAAAAACAUAUCCAGAGUUAUGAACCGAGGAAUAUCUUUGGACCAUUUAAUAACAUUGACCCAGGAACAACUUGCAGAAAUUAUAGAAAACAAAAAUGAAGCCGAAACGUUACACACCAUUUUACACGUCACAGCAAAACCUGCGGAAGCAGAUAAAGCAAAAACAUUCGGAAAGAAGAAAUUUGUUGGGAAAUACAGAAAUGUAAAAUAAAUAAAAGACG